AGCGAGCUGUGAGUGUGUCGAUCGGUGGUGGACGAUCUUGUUCUUUCUGUCCAUUCUGUCAUCGAUAUACGGAAGCGUGGUUGAAUCUAUCUCGGUAUAAAUGUGACGCGAGCAACGAUACAUCAGCUUGCGUGUGCUUGUGGCUCGGAGCUCUAAAACGAUGGAAAACAAAACGAUUGAUCAGAAGGAGUACUUGAAGAAAUACAUAUCUCACGGCGACGGUGACGGCGAUAAAAAGAAGAAGAUGAAGAAGAAGAAGAAGAAGAAACACAAAGUGGGCUCGAAAACAGUAAAAAUUAUAGACGAUGACAUCGACUUGAUGAACAUGAGACCUCUCCAAGAAGAUGAAUUUGAUAUCCUUCUAGUGGGCGAGGAUGCUCCUCAGAUCGCUGGCAUAGUCGACGAGCGUGGGCCAGUUGAUUUUUCAGACAAAAGGAGAUGGAAGAUCGUAACCGAGAACGAAGAAGGAGACCUGACUAUCAGCAGCCGUGCUAUCAACGCGGAGAAGCAAAGUCGCAUCACCGAAACAAAUGCUGAAGCAGACGAGAACGACGAUGUCGAUCCGAGCCCACCCAGGACAAGACACUCUAGGAAUAAGCGCUUAGAUUUAAGUCCACACAGACAGAGAGACGAUGAUGACUCGAAUUUAAGCCCACCCACCAGGCGACCUAGAAAUUACGACUCGGACUUGAGUUCGUCCAGACAAUCUCGAAAUAACGACAGCGACCUGAGUCCGCCUAGACAACCACCUAAAGACAACCAUUCAGACUUGAGCCCAUCCAGAAGAAGCACGAAACAAUCGACGACUGCGACUCGCGGACGAAAUUGUCAUGUAAUCUCAGGUAAUCGAGACAGUGAUUCUUCGGACUUUAGUCCACCUAGACCGCGCAAACAGAAGCCAGAUACCCAGGAUUUAUAUGAGAGCAGAAGGAACAGGAGGAACAAUGACUCGGAUUUAAGCGCAUCUCGGCGCAAGGAGUACCGACCCCGUAGCGACAAUUCGCCACAUUCCAGUUCGCGUAGAAGCGGCGAUCGAGGUCACGAUUACUCCAGCAAGCACUCGUCCAGAUACAGCAAACAAGAUGUGUCGAGAUCGAGCAAGGAUAAACACGAGAGGGAGCACGAAGACCGAGAUCGUAAAUCUCGUUUUUCGCACGCAGACGACACCGGCAAAAGGAAGAGAAGCUCGCGUUGGGACGACCAGGUAGACUCCGCAGAGCGCAGUCACGCGAAAUACUCAAAAGAUCGCGACGGUAGAAUGACAAAGACGCUGGACGGGAAGACCGCAGGACUGCAAGACGCGAAGGCGUUACGGGAGGAGACCGAGGCUCACAAACGACGGGAAGCGGAACAAUUUAGCAGACUGAGCAAGUCGGUGAGCGGAGUCGGACAAGCAGCGGUUGUGCGCGACAAAAGCGGGAGGAAACGCAAUUUCGAGGCGGAAGCGGCGGAAGAGCGUCAACGGGAAGCUCAGCAACGGGAGAUGAACGAGAAGUACACGAAAUGGGGCAAAGGCUUGAAACAAGUGGAAGAUCGCGAGGAACAAUUGAAAAGCGACCUGCACGAGAUGAACAAACCUUUAGCGAGGUACGCGGACGAUGCGGAUCUGGACAAACAAUUGAGGGAACAGGAAAGAGAGGGCGAUCCAAUGUUGGCGUAUAUCAAGGAGAAACGAACAAAGGAAGGGAAAGGAAGGGCAGAUCCGCCAAAGUAUCAAGGUUCAUUCGCGCCAAAUCGGUUCGGUAUCAAACCUGGUCAUCGGUGGGACGGUGUCGACAGGAGUAACGGAUACGAGAAGACGUGGUUCGAGGCGCAGAAUUCGAAGGUGGCGCGGCAGGAAGAAGCCUACAAGUGGAGCACGGCUGACAUGUAAAUUUGUUUGCACGCGUACUGCUGCGUUUGUAUUUAACGUUAAUAAAAAAGGGAGUUUUUAAUUUUUUCA